AUGGAUGUUAAAUAGAUUCUGAAUGAUAUUGCUGAGUAUGGUGAGGUAACUAAAUCACAUAUUCACAAUUUACAUGCAAACUUUUUAAGUGAUUCGAAGUAAUAAAAUUCAAAUAAUUUAUAGGAAGUUCACAAAAUAGUUGGAAUAGUGCUAUUUAUAAUUAAUUAAAAAGUGUAGUGGAACUUCAAAAUAAUGUAGAGUUUUAUUUGAAAGCUUGACAUAAUAAUUUUUGGGUUUCAUGAUAAAUAGAUGGAAAUAAUAAUCAAAGAAACCAUGUAAGAACUGUAAAUAGGUUGGAGAUCUUAGAAUGUAUAAGAAAUAUUAAUCAUAUAGGUUUAUUCUUUACAUGAUAAAACUAUUUGCCUAAGGAGUUGAUUCUCAAAAUUAUUAUACAAGAAUAUUAUGUGGAAGACAUCUAUUCAGGAUUUUACAUAACAUUUCAGAGAAAUUAUAUAAUAAGUUAUUUGAUGAUAAGAUAUCUUAUGAAUUAUUGAAUAUCACAGUGGGAUUGUUUUUGAAGAAAGGAAGAAAAGAUGUUGGAAGAACUUAAAAAGGAUUGGCAAUAAAACUUGGAUCAUAUUUACAAAAUAUUACUUGGGAAGAAGGAAAAUCAAAAUAAUUGAAAUAAGCAAUAUAAGCUUUACAAAUAUAGAUGGUAAAGACUAUUUUAGAAGAGGAGAAGAAGGAAUUAAGGCUUGAUGCUUUAAUUAAUACUGAUGUAAAUGAAUUCACAUUGUAGUAUAUACUGCUUAGACUUCGAGAUAUAGAUGUGAACAUAAGAUUACAAGUAUUGACUAAACUUAUAAAAAAUAAUCUAAAUAUUUAAUAAUUAAAUAUUUUGGAUAGAUAUUAAGUGAUUUAUGAUGGUUUAAAAGGUAAUAAUAAGAAAGUUAUAGAAUAAUGUCAUUUCUAUAUUUAAUAUUCUUUUGAAUAAUUGAUGAUAAAGAAUGAAAAGAAAAAACAAAAUAAAUGCAUUUAAUAAGUAGUAAGAAACUUUGUAAAUUUAUUUGAAAUCGAAAAAACAUUAAUAUUUCCUUAAUUAUAUUCUACUAUUCAAGAUGUCUUAAAAAUAAUAAUUGAAUCAUCUCAUCAAGAAAACUUAUUAAUAUAUUUCUAGGAUACAUUAAAGAAUCUAAGUCAUAGGACAAGUGGAGCUGAAAUGACAUUUUUAAAAGUUGUCUGUAAGAUGAAUGAUAAUUCUUAGGAAUAAACUUAAUUAAUGUCAUAAAUGAAUUAAAUAAUAGAAUAGAAUUAUCCCAGUUCAAAAUAGAUAGCAUAUAUAUUAGAUUAUGAUUUAGAUUUGCUAUAAUACAAUGAAAUAUUUUAAAUUGCUGAGUUAUAAUUAUAAAAAUCGGAGAACAAAAUAGAAUAAAAUAUUUUAUUAGAUUAAUUGGUUGAGUUUAUUAGUGAAUACAAAUAAUUGGAAUGCCCAAAAAUAUAAUGUUAGAAAUAUAAUGAUAUUUAUGAAUUCAAAACUAAUUAGGAAAUUGAAUUUUAAUGGUUUGCCUAACAUUCAUACUAAAUUUAAUUAGUUAAAAGUUGGUAUGAAUUACUGAUACCCGCAAUGAAAGUCAUUAAAUUAUUGGUAUAAUCAUAGGAUCAUUUUAUUGACCUUGUUCUAAAUGUUUUUGAAAAACUAUAGAAAAGAAAUGUUAUGGAAAAGAUAUAAAAUUUGGAUAAAACAAUUAAAGAAAAAGGAGAUUAAAGAGAGAAACUUAGAAAUGAAAUACUAUAACUAAUGAAAUAAAAGAAAUAUGAUCAUAAAACACUAGAGUUGAAUCAAUCAGUAUUGAAGGAAUUAGAUUAAUCUUUAUUAUCAAUAUUUAAUGAAUUAGAUUAACUGAAGGAAUUUAAUUAACAAAUUGAUUUGCAUAGUUUAUAUUUAUUAGAUGCUUUAAUAAAUUAGUUGGAUUUCAACAAAGUUCAAGAUUGUAAAUUCAUUAAAUUAAAGAAUAUUAUUGUCUAAAUGAAUAAAAACUAUUUACCUUUUGAAAACUGCUUAGCUAAGAGACUAUCUUAUCGAUGUUUGGCCUAUAUUCCCUUAUUUGGAAUGAACAUUGAUGGUAGUGUUAUUCCGAAAUUUGCUAAAUUUUUACAAAACCCAUAUGAAUAAUCAUAAUAUGAUCCUAUAAUUGUAAUUAUAGCAUUAAGAAGUAUAUUGGAUUCCUUUUCGGUCUAUCAUGAAGAUCUAGUUUGGGUAUAUGAUUCAAAAUAGUAUGAAAAAUGGAAGAUUUUGUAAAUAAUAGUGAAUUACAUUUUCAAUCAUAAUUCCGUCGUUUAAUUAACAGCAAUUAAAGGUUUUGGUAAUUUACUAAUUAAUAAUAAAUUAUAAAAGCCUUAUGUUUGGAUUGCUCAAUUAUUAUUUGUUUGGUUUGAUUGUAAGUUUAGAAAACAAAAUGAAAAUCUUGAAAGAAUGAGUUGUAUAAUUAAGAUCUAUAUCAAUUCUUCGGCUUAAUCCCUGUAUACUUUUGAAAAAGCUUUGGAGAUUUAUUUUGGUGUAUGCUUUCAAAUACUUAAAGAUAAAGGUUCAAUUUUAAAUCCUUAAAUCAUGGGUAGUUAAUAAUUAUUUGAUAACUCAUUGAUUCAAAUAUCCACUAACAGUGUUAAAUUUAUGAAUUAUAAGCCAAUUAAUGAAAAAUAAAUACAAGAGUUUAAGAAUGAUAUUGAUUCAGAAAACGUUAAGCCUAAUUUUAUUGGGCCUCAAGAAAGACUUAUAAUCUUCUUAUGUAGAUAAAUUACUAAUAAAAAUUAAGUUAUUUUACAAUAAAUUAUAAGGUAAGUCAUCAAGUAAACAGAUUUUUUGGAAAUUUAUUCAGCCGUUCCAAAUGAAUAAACUAAAAUUAAUUUAACCCCCUCCUUUUAUCAAUGUUUAAUUCUAACUUUAGAAGAAUAUAUUCAAAUAUUAGAACAUUCUAAUAUCGAUACGAAAGAUGAAAUUAUAUUUAUUAAUGUUUUAAAAGAUGAAGCAGCAAACAAGGGUUUUGAUGAAGGAUACUAAUUAAAAUAAUUUCUUUUCAAAGAAUUUGAUAUAUAGAUGGAUGAUAUCAACUAUUUAAUCAACGAAUUCAAAAAAAAUUCAAUAAUUAUUCAAGGUCAAAGUCAGAAAGAAGAAGAUUUUAAAGGUAUUUAUUAUUAUUCUAUAUAUUUUAGAUGAAUUAAAAUCCUCUUCAGAAGAGUAGAAAAAGCGGAAGAAAGUUUCACUAUAUAGUCUAGAAAGUACAAUUAGACAAUAAGACAAUUUCAAAAAAAGAUGCUGA